AGACCGGUUACACACUAUAUUAAUAGUGUGUACACUGUACAGUAUUCAAAUAACAUUGUAUACGCACAUGACACGUAACGAAAGUAUAUAAUAUACCAAGCAAAAUCCACGACGAUUUUUGGCCUAUAUGUUUCAAAUUUUGACAUUUUUACUUGCUCUGUCGGCAUCCAGUCUUGGUUUGCUGCAGAACAUUAACGGUGAACAAUGUACGACUAUUCUUACGGCGGGCUACGGAUAUCAAAAUUGGUACAACGCCACUGAGUAUCUGCCGGCAAAUGCUUUCGUUACAGGCGUCGCGAUGUUUAAGUUUUACGUACAAGGGGCGAGUGAUGCUCACAUCAUGUUAGCCAGGCAACCAUAUUUGUUCGGAUACGAAAUCGUUAUUGGAGGCGGAUCGAACAGUUUUUGCGAUAUACGAAAAUUCAACAGAAAUUUGACGUCGAUGGUCACCGUUGCCACGGGAAAAAUUCUUGACAGGUUCAUUCCCGUCGGUUUUUGGAUACGCGCAUCCCAACAAUCUGGGCUGAUUGAGGUUGGCAAAUACGGUGAAAACUUGCCGUUUAUUUUUUGGACAGAUCCGGUACCGAUACCGGUCAAGUAUUAUAGCUUCAGCUCGUGGGGCACAGCAGUUUGCCAAUGGAUGUUCAAGUGUAUUCCCGACCCGUUCGCAAUGGCGUCGAAGACAAUGACGAAUACGACAGAGAGGACUGAUUAUACUAAGAGAUUUUUUACACACAUGGAACAACUCAGAAGAGACGUACUGAGAAGGCGUGGUUCGUACGCAAUCGACCCGACGACAAACCCUCAGAAAGUGUUAAACGUGGUGAUAACUAACAACUUUAAGUUCAUACAUUUGGAUGUCAUGACUUCGACGCUCACACUUCAGGGUAUCUCCACUUUUGAAUGGACGGACAACAGCAUUAAUUGGAACCCUCAAAACUAUAAAAAUAUUUCCAAAUUGCAUUUAUCGAACUUCGAACUAUGGCAACCCGAACUCGUACUACACAACGCCAUAGAUCCAGCCAUGAGUAUGUAUUCUGAAUCGAAAAUAUCUGUGGACAACAACGGCCUAGUUAUGUGGAGACCUAAAUUUAAUUUUAAAACUAAAUGUGACAUCGACUUGACAAUGUGGCCAUGGGACAAACAUAAGUGUAAUUUAUUGUUGAGCACGUGGUCACAUAAAGUAUCCAAUGUCUUCUAUGAACUGAAAGAUAGUCAAAAGUCUGAAUGUUUACAAGUAUCUCAUUCGGAUUGGAAACUCGAUAGGGUGACGAGCUUUUACGUAGAAGAAAAAACACCGUGGGACGAUAUAAUGGCAGCCAUCAGCAGUUCUGAAGAUGAUCCACCGCAAACCUCAUUGCAGCUCGUAGUGGAAAUAUCGAGAAACACGAAGAUUUUCGAUAAAUUGUUUUAUGUCCCGUUAAUACUAAUCAGUUGUGUAUGGUUGUCAUCUUUUGGUGUAAUGCCGAAUUCUUCAUCAAAAAUCACGACAAUCUGCGUGUCAAUAACACUUUCAACAUUGAUUAUUGUAUACAUGACGAAGUAUGUACCGGUCUUCUCUAAAGUCUCGCCAGACUUGAUGCUUGGAUACUUGAAGCUGAUCCUCCUGAUAUCAAUAGACGCGUUCAUUUCAGCAUUGCUCAUAACAGUGCACAAUCGUAAAUCGACCAGCGGUCAUCCUCCGUUCGCAUUAACUAGAUUCCUGACCACGCCCGUCGUGACGAAACUUCUGAUGUUACCAAAAUUAGAUUCCACCCGGAGCCUCGUCAAUGACCAGUUAGACCACAGACUCACCAAAACAUCCGAAACCAUCACCACACUAUGGGAUAUCGUCAUAGUCGCUUUUGAGCGAAUCAUAUUCAUAAUGUUUUUAGCUUCCACAAUGGCCAUAUUGUUGUCCAUCAAGUUUUCCAUUACAGCUUUAUUUUGAUUGAGCUUAACAGUAUUUAUAAAUUAUUAUGACAACAUGUAUAUUAUGUAGUCACAAUAGUAGCGUACUUAUGAUAUUUUCUAGAAAGAAAAAGGGCGUUAUGUAUGCAAAUUAAGUAUAAGGAUUGUUGAAAUAAAACAUCGUUUUAUAAGAUAUACAAAACAAAAUUUUUAUUUGUCAACAAAAUAGACACUUUUUUAAUAGUAUGGAAAAUUUUUAUUUAUAUUGUUUUAUAUUUUAGAUUAAAGAUAAUUUACUAGACUAACCUAGUGUUAUGAAAAAUUACAGUUUUAUAUUAUACGAAUAAUUUGUAUUGUUGUAUUACAAAUUUGAAAUUUAGUAAUCACAAAGCGAAUGAUUUUGUUUCUUCAUAAUUAUUAAAACAACGCGUUUGUUUUGUGUCAUGCAUAAAUCAGAGUUGAUACUAUUUAAUAUAUUUUUAGGGAGGUGUCUAUCCUUGUGUUAAUACCUUGCAUCCAUAAUAUUACGUCACUCAAUAACAUAGCUAGGUGUAUUAUAAACUAUACAAUUGUAUGGUAAUAAACUAAAAUAUAUUCAAGUAAGUACAUUUUAUACAUCAUAUGAAAUAAUUACACGUAUCAUUAAUUAUAAUUUAUUAUAAGAUAAAAUAAGUUCAUGACUAUUAUAUAUAAAUUGUAUAAAUAUAUAUACUUAAGAAAAAUAAAACCUUAAAAAUAACUCGA